GAACUGUCGGGCCACAAGGAGCGGGGCCGGGGUGCGCUCGGAACAUCUGCGGCCCAGCUGCGAGAAGUACGGCGCCAAGAGCACUUUGGAGCCGCCAAGCUGGAGCUGGAACUGGAGUUCCGUGGGGCAGGGGCCCCGGCUGCUGCGCAGCGGCUCCUCCAGGCCGCGGCCCCGGCGGAGAACGAGCCGCAGGCGGGGUCGGGCCCCAGGCCAAGCGCCCGGGCUGAGAGCGUGCUGCGCUGGCUCACCACCGCCGUCCUGUACGCCGCCUUCCUGGGGCUGGGAAUGAGUGUUGCUAUACUGGGACCCACGUUUCAAGAUUUGGCAAGGAAUGUAAACCAAAAUAUCAGCAGUCUUUCUCUAAUUUUUGUGGGCCGUGCGUCUGGAUAUUUGUGUGGCUCUAUGAUUGGUGGUAUUCUUUUUGACUGUUUGAAUCAUUUUAUAGUUUUGGGGGUGACACUGAUGGCUACCACAGUUGGUCUUUAUCUCAUUCCUUUUUGCAAAACUUCAGUAUUACUGAUUGUCAUGAUGUCUGUCUUCGGUGUUGCAAUUGGUGUCCUGGACACAGGUGGGAAUGUCCUUAUCUUGGCUCUAUGGGGGGACAAAGGAGCCCCACAUAUGCAGGCCCUGCACUUCAGUUUUGCCUUGGGUGCCUUUUUGGCUCCUCUUCUGGCAAAAUUGGCCUUGGGAACAACACUGUCCACGGAAAACCACACAGAGCCUGACCUUCACCCUCCAGCCCUCAGCCAAUCACCUGAAGCAAACCCAGGCCCUCUGUUUGCAGCACCUGAUGACUUGAACUUACUGUGGGCUUAUGCUUCUGUCGGCAUGUACAUUUUUGUAGUUUCUGUCUUCCUGUUUGCUCUGUUUUUUAAGACACCUUCAAAGCAUGAAAACCCAACAGCAUCUGCUCAGUUAUCUCGAAGAGUUAAACAUCACAAGGCCCUGCUCUGUCUCCUUUUUAUGUUCUUCUUUUUUUAUGUUGGAGCUGAGAUAACCUACGGCUCUUACAUUUUCUCAUUUGCAACCACCCAUGUUGGCAUGGAAGAAAGUGAAGCAGCUGGGUUGAACUCCAUCUUCUGGGGGACCUUUGCAGCCUGCAGGGGCCUGGCAAUCUUCUUUGCUACAUGUUUACAGCCUGGAACCAUGAUUGUGUUGAGCAACAUUGGCAGCCUGGUCUCAUCUUCAUUUCUGGUGCUUUUUAACAAGAGCCCACUUUGUCUCUGGAUAGCAACUUCAGUGUAUGGGGCCUCAAUGGCCACCACCUUUCCCAGUGGUGUUUCUUGGAUUGAACAGUACAUAAGCAUAAGUGGGAAAUCUGCAGCAUUGUUUGUAAUUGGUGCUGCACUGGGAGAAAUGGCUGUUCCUGCAUUAAUUGGAAUUCUACAAGCACAGUACCCAGAUUUGCCAGUAGUUCUGUACACCUGUUUGGGGUCAGCAGUAUUCACUGCUGUAUUAUUUCCUGUGAUGUAUAAAUUAGCCACUUUGCCUCUGGAUCUUCAACGGAAAGACAACAGAAGGAGUAAGGACCAGAAAGCUUUGCUAAAUCACUAUGAAGAAGACAAUGAAGGACAGGAUGAAGAAAAAUAUAAUGAGAUGGAUUUUGAAGUUGUUGAUGUGAAUGUUACAGUGAGGCCCUCUGUCAUACAGAGAUCUGGAAAUACUUUGAUGGACCCCUGAACUGACAAAUCCAACUAUUUGCGCUCAACUGCAAUGAUGUUUGAGUCUUCACCUAAUACUGGCGAUUGUCUUAUUUAAUACUUUGCCAGAGACCAGGAGAACAUGGACUUGCAUUAGAGAAGAUGGAUUACUUAGUGACUUCCUUGAAUAAUUGCCACUUCUAAGGAAUCUAUUUGGAACAGAGCCUUAGCAGGUUUCUGUCUUAUUGCUUUAUUGGUCCAUCUCUAACAAAUGCUAAAAAUUUUAUAAUAUCAGUUGCUUUUAUACAGUAGAAUUUGUUAUGAGACUAGUGUUUGACCUGAGCCCGAGUAGGUAAUAGUUUAUGGUUUGCACCUUGCAGAGCAUAUAGAGAAAGCUUUUUGGGGGGAAGCUGGGUGGAGUUCUAAUAGAUCAAAACCAUGGAGAAGUGGAAUGGAUUUGCUGAGGAAAUGAGUGGCAGCCAUACUCUGCUGGGGAGUUGGGUUGAGUUGUUUCAUGAAAGUACAUCCUUGGAAAAAAAAAAAAAAAAAAGAAAGUGCAUCCUUGGAAAUAGAUGUUUUUAUUAAUUGCUUUACCUUUUCUGUAUGGUUGGACCAAAGAAUGCUAAUAAUUCAUUUCAGUUUUUACUUCUAUGAAGAGAACAUAGAUCAGGGGCCAAGGGAUCUGGCUUCAAGAGAUGACUCUACCUUUGGGUCUGUAUUGCAUCACUUAACAUAUGUCUCAUUUAUCUCAAUUUGUGAACUUUGAUGCUAGUGGUGAAAAUGGGAUGAGUUCCAAAUUGAGAAACUUAACGGGUUUUAAGUUUACAAGAUGUCUGCUACAACACCCCAUUCUUCAUUUUAGAUUCUAUUUUUGUUUGCCUUUUGGCAGUGCUGGGGAUUGAACCCAGGACCUUCA